CACACACACACGCACACAGUGGAAGCUGCCGCGGCGCUCACUUCGUCAAUUCACCGUCUGCCCACGCCAGGAUGCAAAGCAGAGAAAUGUUUCCGCUUGGGUGUGAUUUUCUUCUCUCGUGACUGCUGGAUGUGUUGGCGCCGCUUUUUUUUAACUUUACAUUUUUAACAUCCGGAAAUGCAACACUAAAGGCUGAUUUUGUUUCUCGCCUCCUUUUUUUGUGGUGAUAAUCAUUUUUGUGUCCACGCAGUAUGCGAGCAGAGGGGCUGGACGCUUCCGGAGGCUCAGAUUGAGAUCCCCUCCCCACACACACACACAUCCACUGUACACACGCUGUGCACGUUUUUACCGGACUAGAGUGCUUUUUGGCUCCCUGAACGCAUCAUUUGCCAUCGCGAUGUCCACCAGGAAGACAUCGUUGACGCAAAAGCAGUCUAAAAACGGGACGUCCAAAUAUGUGUUGGAGCGAUGCGCCUCUAUUAACGAGUAUUAUGAUAUUGCCUUCAAGGUGAUGCUGCUGGGAGACUCAGCCGUGGGGAAGACGUGCAUCUUGCUGCGAUUUAAAGACGGGGCCUUCGUGGGAGGCAAUUUUAUCGCCACCGUGGGAAUCGACUUUAGGAAUAAGGUGGUAGACGUCGACAACCUGAAAGUCAAACUCCAGAUCUGGGAUACAGCCGGCCAGGAGAGAUUCCGAAGCGUGACACACGCCUACUACAGAGAUGCCCAAGCGUUACUCCUGUUAUAUGAUAUCACCAGUAAGCCGUCAUUUGACAACAUCAGGGCUUGGCUCAAUGAAAUACACGAAUUUGCCCAGAAGGAUGUGGUCAUCAUGUUGCUCGGCAACAAGGCGGACAUGGCCGCAGAGAGGGUAGUGAAGACGGAGGAUGGGGAGAAGCUGGCAAAGGAGUAUGGAGUGCCAUUUAUGGAGACAAGCGCCAAGACAGGAGUUAAUGUGGAGCUGGCCUUUCUCGCUAUCGCAAAGGAGCUGAAGCACAGAACCACCCAGCAGCCUCAUGAGCCCAAGUUCCAGAUCCACGACUACAUCGAGUCUCAAAAGCACAAGGACGGCUGCUGCAGCCUUGUGUAGCUAAACCUGACAUCGAGCUGGGACACACACACACACACACACACACACACACACACACAAGGGGAUCAAGUAAGAGGUAGGGAGUGGGGGGGAUAAGUGAAGCCAAUCCCGACACUAAUCCUAAGAAGUGAACGUCGUCCUCUUCUCUGCUGAAUGUCGGUGAAUCCGAAUGCCAUCCCUUAUCUGUAAUGUGAAUAUCACUCUCUGUAGAAAUGUGUUGUGGUCUUUGUGGUGACAGUUGUGAUCAAACAAAAAAGCCAGGACUUACACUUUGAAACAGGGACACUACGGCGUGCGCUCGGCUCAUGUCCGUUUUCUAUGAACAAUCAACGUGACUGUUUGUUUCCGUGUGACUUUGAAGAGGCUGUGAACUGAAUCACUUUGGGCCUUACAGUCUCCAUGUUCACUCCGUGCGCAUCCUCAGCCGCACAGUCAGACUGUAGCUCCCAUGUUCACACGUGUAUUGCUGUUAGAAUAAAGCCAAUAUUUCUAGGGCGCCCGCCCGUCGUGUGUGUGUGUGUGUGUGUGUGUGUGUGUGUGUGUGUCUGUCUGUACGUGCACUUCAGGGCCGCACCGGAACGCCAUUCAAACUCUUCUGUUUCCACAGAAGCACCAGAGAUGAUGAGUUCAAUGUCCUGGUUAGAGAUUAGACGCUCAGAAACUGUGUUUCUAUUCACCAUGGAUGUUGUCGUGGGGACUGUACCCUUCCAGGCACUGUACUGUGUUGAUUUGUACAAUAUUCAUUUUUAAAUGUUUGCUUGUUGCAUUUGUCCCUUCUUCUUGAGGUGUCGCAGUGAUCACAAAGUGCCACGGAAAAGUGCUUUGUUAUCAUAUAUAUAUAUAUAAAAAUAUAUUUUGUAAUGUAUGUUGUGCUGUUUUAUACAAGUCUGUCUUGUCUGUGUGUGUGGUGUAGUUUCAGGGAGAGCUGUAAUGAGGUCAAUGAGCCACUGUGUGGCAGCAGUGAGCCUGUUUACAUUGUGCAACAUAAAAGAUCAUUCCUUACAGGCCACACUGGUGAUGCUGGAUUAUUUCUAUAUCUUCAUGUGACAUCUUGGUUGUGAACAAGUCUGGGGUGUAGUUUGUAAACAUGGAACACAUCUGUGGUUCACUGUACCAGCCUUCACACCUCCUCCUGUUCUUCCUCCUCCUCAUCAUCUACUGUAUGAGUCAGUGUGCAUCGGCUAGCGUUCUCAAUCCUUUAUCUAAUGAGCUGAGCCAGGAGCUGCACAGCUUUAAGCACACAUGCUUAUGAGUGCAGAUUCUCCCGCCGCUUUUCUUUGCCACACAGUUUAUUUUUAUUUAUCAGGUUUUGGACGCAAUUGAUAUAUAGCAGUUUUACACCCCUGCAAACUAAUAGCAUGAUCAUAACAAUACAAAUAAUCAUAGUAACUGGCUGGACAACACAGAGAAAAAUGUAAGGAUGCAGGGUCUCGCUUAUUUUACACCUUUUACUUUGUAUUUACUUAAUUACAUGCUAAAAACAUGACAGCAAUACACUAAAAGAUUAUAAAAUAAAUGUAAUUAAAAACAAUAUAUGCAGAUAGAUUUAGAUAUGCUAAACUAUUAAAUAACAUAUCUCAGCUUUGUGUUACAGGUGACAAAGGAAAUAAUAUAUAGUUGUUUUAAUGUGAAAUGAAUUUUAAAAAGCAGCUAGUGGGCACAAAUGGUCCCUGGGCCAGAUGUUGGACACCCCUGCUCUCUAUGCACUUUAUCAAGACUUAAUUUGUCAUUCUUAUGGCAAUUUCAUUUACAAUAUAAACCUGUAGGUGUCAAUCAAAGCUGAGCAUUAUUUUUAAUAUUAUUCAUAUUGUGCAGUAUAAUUAUUUGUAGUAUUUAUUAUAUAUUCAUUAUUUUGUACUUUGUAAAGACAGAAUUCGGAUAUUUUUAUAUUUAAU